CAGCAGCAGUUACCUCUCCUUGCGCGCUCGCCGUCCUCACGGUCAAUAUAACCUAUACAAUAUUCGAAGAAAACAUAAGUGGCCUGCACAUUACAACGUUGCACACCGCAACUAAAUACCUACAUUCUCUUAUGCAGAUAUAAGUAUACACGUAUUACCUCCCUGUCAGUCGAGGAGCCUCUCACCUCCCUCUCUUACGUAAGCUUCUGUGGACGAGAUAACGAUGUGGUCGUUAGGCCAGAGGCAGCGGCAGCAGCAUAAGCGAAGUAGAGUAGCAGCCGCGAGCUGUCGGAGAGAUGAGCAGCAGUGUCGGCGAGAUCGCACGGGUCCGUGUCCUCUUCUUCGCGAAAGCACGUGAGUUGGCCGGUAUCAAGGAGUCCGAGCUCGUCCUGCCCAAGACCCUGUCGUCCGGAGAGUUGAAGGAGCGCCUUGUGAGGGACUUUUGCCUGGAGAGUAUACGGGACGUUUUUAUACUCGCGCUGAACGAGGAGUUUCUCGAGACCGACGUGAAACUCUGUCUCUGCGAGCGGGACGAAAUUGCUGUUAUUCCACCGCUCAGUGGAGGGUAACGCAAUGGCAGAAGUCAAAGAUUUUGUCGGGCUUCGGUCGAGCCAGUUGAACGUAAACGACAUAAUCCAGAUUGUCAUAUCUCCAAGCUGUGGGGCUGUGUCCACCUUCAUCGGAACCACAAGAGAUAAUUUUGAACAGAAAAAGGUUGUCAAACUGGAAUACGAGGCUUAUGAACCAAUGGCCGUCAAAGAGAUGCAAUCUGUUUGCAACAAGAUUCGCUCUCAGUGGAAUGUUGAGAAGAUAGCCAUUUAUCAUCGUCUAGGUGAAGUUCCCGUCACAGAGGCUAGUAUUGUUAUUGCUAUUUCAUCACCACAUAGGCAGGAGUCCCUGCAAGCUGUGCAGUUUGCUAUAGAUGCAGUGAAAACUUCUGUACCUAUAUGGAAAAAAGAAAUAUACGAGAAUGAUGAGCCACAAUGGAAAGAGAACAAGGAGUGUUCUUGGGCAUCAAAUGUUGCUCAAAUUAAGGAAGUGGAACCGAUCCACAGUGCAAUGAAGAAAGAUCAUCAUCUUGAUAGAGCAGACGUUACUGUGGAUGACGUGGAAAUAGAUAUUGAUAAUGUGUGUGGUACUGUAGAGAUCAAUUCUGAAUUGACUAGUGAAUUUGACAGCAUCGACCAAUACAGUGAUACCAGCAAACCAGAAGACUCUUCAAUCGAUCCUGAUCAAAUUCAAAUAAAAGCUGAUGCUGUAGAGCUUAACCGUAGAAUAGAAUCUUUCAUCUCGCGCAAGCGAGAACAAGUAAACAUGGUAAAUAUUCAAGAAUUUUGUACAUACAGUACCCAAAUGCAAGACGACAGCGAUGAUGGAACAUGUGCCAGAGUAAAUGCAAUCUUGAUAAGACGAAAAGACUCUAAAAGUCAUGUAAAAGUUCACAGAGUGUACAACCAGUGGAGUCAACAAAACGUUAAGCCAACAAUGCCAAUUAAGUCUGAGAAGGAAUCAAGUGACUUUCCUCCAGCUCUUGAAGAGCGAUUAUCUACAACUGAAAAAAUAUUAGGUAUUAAUAAGCCAGUGCCACGUGAUGUCUACGAAAGAAUAAAAAAGAUAGAAGAUCGUUUGUUAUUUUUGGAAAGCAUAUCUCCUGAAUACAAAGAUUUAUGGGCCAUUGAUGAUGACUGUGAUAGUAUUAAAAGCUACGAUAAUAAUUCAGAUGAAAAAGUAGAAGACAAGCCAAACGAUAAACCAAUAAGAAAAAGGACCUAUUCGUCAGCAGAACUAGACACAAAAUUACAUGAAUUUGAGACUAGGUAUGGCAAGAAAGCUAAAUAAUGCUUUAUCAAGAAAAGUCAUCACAAAGCACUGCAAAUGCUUUAUUCAAACAUGAUUCUUUUCAUUAAUAAUAAGGCACGUUAAACUUUAUUUAUCACAUUGCUGCGUAGGUACAAAGUUUAGAAAGAUGAUUCAAUCGUGCUUUUUGAACGAGUUUGUGUAAAAAAUAUUAACUAUUUAUAGUUUUAUCCUAAGUUUACAGUCGACUUAUAAAAUUUGCUUUUUAGAUUUUUAUACGAGAAUCAAAAGAUUUUUUUAUUUUUGUAAGCAUUUAGAUCGUUAAGAUGUAUUAUAUUUUUCUAAGAAUAAAUUUAUCGUUAUAGAAUCAAAGAAAAACCAUA